AGCGGCCAUUGGCCGGAGCACCGCGAGGCGGGCCCCGGUUAUUGUCCGGCGACGGCGGUGGCGGCGGCGGCGGUGGUCGGUGCUGCGGCGGCAGCGGCGGUGGCUCGGCGGGAGCGAGGGCGGGAGCAGCCGAGACCAUGGCUGGAGGCAAAGCUGGAAAGGACAGUGGGAAGGCCAAGGCUAAGGCAGUGUCUCGUUCACAGAGAGCUGGGCUACAGUUUCCCGUGGGCCGCAUCCACAGACAUUUGAAGACUCGUACCACGAGCCACGGAAGGGUCGGUGCCACCGCGGCCGUGUACAGCGCCGCAAUCCUGGAGUACCUCACUGCCGAGGUGCUGGAGCUGGCAGGGAACGCCUCCAAGGAUCUCAAAGUGAAGCGGAUCACUCCACGUCACUUGCAGCUUGCGAUCCGUGGUGAUGAAGAGUUGGAUUCUCUUAUCAAGGCUACCAUAGCUGGGGGUGGUGUGAUCCCUCACAUCCACAAGUCUCUGAUUGGAAAGAAAGGGCAGCAGAAGACGGCUUAGCACGCUGUCCCGACCGGCCCUCUCCCUCUGCCACCGCGCUGCAACCAGCACAGAGGGAAUGAUGGGGCUGCGUGGCGUUUUAAACACAGGAAAUGGAAGAGCAUAGACAAUUACUGUAGACAUGACAAAGGAGACAUUUGUACGUUCUUAGAUUCACAGUUUGAUAAAAGUACCUUUUCACGUGUCAGCAGUUGUGUGUUGAUUGGCUGGGUUUCUCCCAUGGGUUUUAUACAAAAAUGGAAUUGAUAAACCAUUUUUUACAAAAAUAA